GAUCCAAUCAAUAAAAUCGACAGUAGCACUUAGGGAAGUAAUACAAUACAGACACUUAGUGUAAGAAAAUAUUUUGACCUUCACCUGGCAAGGAUACAGAUGUCAUCGUGUAAGUAUUUACUGAGCAGAGCGCCCUCCCUCCUCCCUGCUGCAUGGGCAGGAGAGGCUCAGAAAAUCCACAGGGUGGGGACAGAAGGCGGGGGCUUUGGAGGCCUCCCCACCUCCGCAUUCCUGGCUGCACCGAUGAAAACACUGCAGGCAUUUUGUUCCCAGAACUUGUUUUCCUCCACUGGGAAGUGGAGAACAUAGUAAAGGAGAACAGUACCUGAGAUCCAGAGAAGAUUCCUCAUCUCACCUCGAGCCAAAAGCUUGAGCCUCGUCUCCCGCGAACCGUCUUCGGGGCGUCUGGUCAGAUGGCGUGGUUUGAGUUUCAGGAAUUGUAAUUCUGCGGGGAGAGUUUUCUGGGGAGCAGGGGAAUGACCUUCAGGAGACAAAAGGAAGAAGAGAAGAAACCUGAGCCGGAAAAUCCACUUUGCAGCCUACAUGGACUGUACCCCAGAUGACACCGCUGUUUAUCAAAUCUCUGCUAAAAACUGUUCUGGAAUGAUCUGCUGUUCUGCUUCCAUUGAAGUCAAGUGCUCGGCAGAGAACCCACAGCUCUCCCCUAACCCCAAAGAUGGCAGGGACACGGGUUGGAAACAUGCGGCAGAGUCAAGCAUGCAGGAAGAAGCAAACCAGCUUGAUGAGAAAGAACAUCCUCGUAGGGGCGAAGAAAGUGUCCCCUCAGGUAGUCCCGUGUCAGCUGACUCCCCGUCCUCCAAAUUCGGCUGUUCAAGCUCGCUCCGGUUAUUGGCCAAUAAUGACACUGGUGCCUCCGGUUCUGAAAAUCCCUUGGAUGUUAAAGGAGCAAGGCGAACCGAAGAGGCUCGUGAUCCGGAUAGCGCGGAGGAAGUUGCGGAUGGGUGGCUUUCUUCUAAAUCAAGUAAUAUUCCCGAUAAGCAACAUGUGUAUUGCCACAGGGCAGUGCCUUCCAAAGGAUCAAGGCCAGUGGAUGGGGCCUUAAACAGUGAUGGCCCUCAUAAGGACGUCUUAAAGUCUGGUCAUCCGAAUCCCAGAGUGCAGAAAUACAUUAGCUUCAGCCUACCGCUGUCGGUGGCGGCCACAUCCGAUGGCCCAGGUGACAGAGCCACGAUCCAGCAGCAAGGCAGCCCACAGGUGUCCAGCGAAGACUCUGACAGUGACUAUGAACUUUGCCCAGAGAUAACCCUAACCUGCACCGAGGAGUUUUCAGAUGAUGACCUAGAGUAUCUGGAAUGUUCCGACGUUAUGACGGAUUACUCUAAUGCAGUUUGGCAAAGGGACCUGGAGGGGACUGGGCAGGUUUUUUUAUUAGAAAGCAAUGACGAAGAGAUGGAAUUCGGUUCGUGUUGCCCGGGUGGGCGUGAGCAUUUCCUCAGUGAAAUGGGUUGUGGGCCUCGGGUGUCAGAUGACAUGGGGCCUAUGGAUGCCACCAGUGGCUUCUGCGGUAAUCACUCACAACCCCAAGAAGUAGGGGUGAGGAGCAGCCAAGCCUCCACCCACAGUCCCUCAUCCCUGCAAACGGGGAUGAUUCUGACCUUGGGGCCUCCCCGGGAUGUAACAUCUACAGUGACAGACCAGGCGAGAUGUAAACUACCCACUGCUUCUGAGGCUGCUGAAAAUGAUUAUCCAGGAAUUCGAAGAGAAACCAGAGACAGCCACCAAGCAGGAGAGGAAUUCACCAGUGACAAUCUGCUAAACAUGGAUAAAGCGGUGACAGAGACGGCGAUGAAGCGUCUGUCUGGUGAGUUAGAAAACUCAGGGGUGGACCAGUGGUUGGAGAUUGCAGCCGAGAAGAAAGUAGGGGACGAGGUUUCAUUGAGCAAGAGGGGCUCCGAGAUACCUGCCGGGGUGAGGCGGCCAGAAACCAAAGGAAAACCCAAGAAGCUGAGCCCCAACUUGAAAGAAAGCACGACAGAAGGCACCCUUAAUCUCCUCUAUCCCAAAGAGCCUGUUAAGCGCCCAUUAGCCCAGAGUGAUAAAAGAGACGGUCCUCAUGCCAAAGCAGAAGCUGUUGAUUGGAAUUCCCAGUUCCGUGCAGGAGAAUGUGCCGUUCCAGCCCAAGCACAGCAAGAAACAGAGACCCUGCGAAUUCCCCUGGGCCCACCCCCCCAAGGAGGGAACUCAAACUUCGAGGGAGAAGGGGUGUUGGUCAGUACCCUAUCUGAGACAAGCGGGGUUCCAGACGGCAGUGCUCAUCCUCAGGUGCAAAUUCAGGAACCGGUCAGGGGGAGAGACACUCUCAGCCGGAUGCCAGCCUUCUCAGAGCCUGCUGGGGAGCCGUCUGCCCCUCCUGGGACCACAACAAAUUCCUUCCCCAACUUAGGAGGGAUCGACGAAGAAUACGCAUCAUUGGCCCGAUACCUGGAGCUGGAAAGCUGCACUCGAUGCCCGCAGCACGGAGACAACCAAGACAGAAAAGACCGCGCACUUGGAAGUUCCUGGGAAGACCUCGGACGUGAGCUGAGCAUCCCAGACGCCAGUAAUGAAAACAGGUCCCCCCGGGAGCUGUCAGCGCUUCUCCCCCAGGAGGGCAGCGCUGACCCUGGGGAGCCCAAGCCUCUCUCCGUUGCUUCCCCUGAACCCACAGAUACCAUCACCACUCUGGAAACUGCGUGGGGUGGGCCAAGGGCCAGAGAAGCAGCGUGUGUGUUAGAGCUUCUGGAAGCACGUGGCCAAAGAACAUGGCCGACCACGGACUCUCCUGCCAGAGCCUCCCCUGAUAAAUACUCGCCUCACGAAAUUUGCUCCGCGGACUUAGAGUUGGCAAAAAGUCAAAGCGAAGUAUCUGAUUUAUGUUCUCCUGAUGACAGGACGCCGGGCGUUCUUUUUCAGACGCGAGGUUCUGAGCCUCCACAGCUGCCAUGCAAGAGCGCCAAGGAGCGAGACUCCGCCAUGCCCCCUCUUUUUACCAGUGUUUUCACCUGGAACCUUUCACAAAAAGCCAGUGAAGGGGGCACAGGGAAAAACUUAGCGGCGGUGGAGAAUUUCACCUCCACGUCAGUCUCCACAGUACGGGCUGGCCAGGAAAGGCCCGGCCCCAGCAACUCAGGAGGCCUUGAGGGAAAACAGCCUCUACGUUCUGAGAACAGCUCUUUUGUGCAGUUGGCAGAAGGCGGCAACGAGGGCCCCAGUAACGGUGGCCCAGACACCACAGACACAUCAGCCAGGAAUGGCUCAGGUGUAAUGUUUCCUCGUGAGACGCCAACGACUUUCACUGCUCAUCUGAAGGGUCUUCAGGUGGCCAGGGAGAGUGGGGACACAUGGCCCCCAGUUACCAUGGCCCCCAAAGUUCACCCAGCCAAAUACCUCCCUGUUUCCAUUGCCGAGAACAGUCUUGCAGAUGGACCCAAGGGGAGCUCACCUCAGGCACCAGAUGAAAAUAUUCUCCACCUCACUUCGCAUGCUCAGUUGGGUCAUAUUUUAAAUGAUUCCAAAACCGAAUCUCUAAAGGAGCCCUUUGGCAUGGCUCCCCGUGGACCAGGAGUCCCCAUCCACAUUCCUCGGCUCCCAGAGGUAGAGGGCUUCUGUAGCAGCCGCCCUCUCCAGACUGAUAACCAGUCUGGAGAUAAGAGCCUGACUGUGGACAGGGCAGACAAUAGGAGCCUUGAAGAGGAUUUCCAAGAAAAAGAAAGUGAAAGAACACAGAGGAUCCAGCACGAGAGCUUACCCCCACAGAGUUUUGCUUCCGAGGGUGGUUUCCAAGAAAGGUGGCCCAUGACAGCUGUUGCACAAGGGGCAAUACACCCAGUGCCCUUGGACCACUUGUCGGCAAACUCCAGGGAGGAGAGCGGGCAGAGCUCAGACCUGGGGCCUACUGUGUGCAAGGUGGAAGAUGAUGGUCAAGCUCUGAGCCACACUCCACCUCUCUCUGAUAUCUUCCUGGAAGGCUCCAGAGAGAGUGGGCCAGGACUUUGGAGAGCGGGCAGAAAGCUGAAGAUUAUAACUCUGGAGGCUCCCAUUGCAGAAGACUGGCUCCCAAGACCACAGACGGGUUCUGAGUGCAAGGAGUUAGAAGCUGGUCCCGUAAUUCCUGACAGGGUCUGGGCUCUAUCUGAUGUUCUCAAGGCUCACAGUCCUCAGGCUGAGUCUGGCCCGGCCCUUGCUAAUAACAGAGAAACCCAUGUCAGUGAAAAACGCGCCAGCCGUGCAUAUUGGAGUAGCCUUUCUUCCCAGUAUUUGAGCCAGCCCAGACUCCUGGAGUCAUCUGUGGAUCCUGUAGACGAAAAGGAAUUACCCGUCACAGAUUUGUCAUCAGAGACUUCCAAAACCGGAGAGAAGGAAAACGUGAGUAAAGUGAGUCAAAACCGAGAGGAAAACCAAAUCAAGGAUCAUGCUGCCUUCUUUAAACAGUUUCUGACCUGCCCUAAAAUCGUAGAAUCCUCUGUAGACCCCACGGAUGAAGCAGGUGAGAUGGUGUGCACCAGGGCUGGGACACCAGGGCCUUCUGAAUCCACACCGGCUAUCAUCAGAGAGGAGAGCAAACUGAAUGAUGGGAACAUGGGCCAGAGACUGGAAGUCCAACCCGCCAUCUUGCAAGUCCCACGUCCUGACGAAGGGGGGGAAACCAUUCCAAGUGGAUGUGGAAUAAGUCAAAUACAAGAAGGCAGUAAGAGAAGCUUAGGGGAGGCUGAACAAAGUAAAAACAACAAAGCAGAACCUGUUUUCUCCACUUCACCUCCUUCUAACUGUCUUGCAGUGAUGACUCAUGCAUCUGUUGGCGUUGAUAGUCACAACUCCACAGGUCAAGUUCAUGACGUCCCCGAGAAUGAUUUAGUUGAGCCCAGAAACCGCCAAUAUGCACGUUCUGACUCGAAGGAAAGGGAAGCUGUUGAGAGUGAGUGUGGGAAACCUUCACCCUCUUCUAGUGGUCUCGCUCCGUUGCCCUGUGCUUCAUCUCCCAAAGGAAACACUGCAGACUUUUCAGUAAGCCACACAAUUCGGGAACCUCAAAGAGAGGAGCCCCGCACUGGGGAAAUCAAGCAUGUGAGUACCUCUGGCUCUCCAGCAGUGACCUCGGCAUCUGGUUCAGGUGAAUGUGCCUCAGAGAAAGCUCCUGAGAUAUCACAGCACCCAUGUCAACAGGGCUCCAACCUGGGCUAUGGGAGAAGAACCAGGGAAGAGAAUCUCGGUCACACGGCAGCCCAGACCCUCAGAUUCCCAAAAGCCCCACCAGCAGGGAGUGGCUCAGAGGAGGUCAAGAAGCCAGAAACCUCAGGGGGUGGACAUUUAGCUGAGGGGGUAAAGAAGAAAAUUCUGUCCAGGGUGGCCGCCCUGAGGCUGAGAUUGGAAGAGAAGGAAAAUGUCCUAAAGAGCUCAAGCUUUCUUAAAAAGAUUCCUAAACUCGAAACACCGGCAUCAUGCACAGAGGAGGAAAAAGACGCAAAAAAGCCACCUUGCAAAAGAGAAGGGAAAGCUCCGAUAUUACUAAAAAAGAUCCAAGCCGAGAUGUUCCCUGACCACUCUGGGAAUGUAAAAUUAAGCUGCCAGUUUGCAGAAAUUCAUGAAGAUUCUACGGUCUGGUGGACAAAGGAUUCAAAGUCAGUAGCCCAAGUGCAGAGAAGGGCAGACGACACUUCGGCUGUGUCCUUGGCCAUCGUCCAAGCCGGUCAGAAGGACCAGGGCAUCUACCGUUGCUGCAUCAAGAACAGUUACGGCAAAGUGACCGCUGAGUUUAACCUUACCGCUGAAGUUCUGAAACAACUUGCGAAUCAGCAGGAUAUUAAAGGAUGUGAAGAGAUUGAAUUCAGCCAACUCAUCUUCAGAGAAGACUUCCUCAGGGACAGCUACUUUGGGGACCACCUGCGAGGUCAGAUCGCCACGGAGGAGCUGCACUUUGGAGAAGGGGUCCACCGGAAAGCCUUCCGCAGCAAAGUGAUGCAGGGCCUCAUGCCCGUCUUCCAGCCCGGCCACGCCUGCGUGCUCAAGGUGCACAACGCUGUUGCCUACGGGACCAGAAACAACGAUGAGCUCAUCCAGAGGAACUACAAACUCGCUGCCCAGGAAUGCUAUGUCCAAAAUACUGCCAGAUACUAUGCCAAGAUCUAUGCUGCCGAAGCACAGCCUCUGGAAGGCUUUGGAGAAGUGCCAGAGAUAAUCCCUAUUUUUCUUAUCCACCGACCGGAGAACAACAUCCCUUAUGCCACAGUGGAGGAGGAGCUGAUUGGAGAAUUUGUGAAGUAUUCCAUCCGGGACGGGAAGGAAAUAAACUUCUUGAGAAGAGAAUCGGAGGCUGGUCAGAAGUGUUGCACCUUCCAGCACUGGGUGUACCAGAGAACGAGCGGCUGCCUCCUGGUCACGGACAUGCAGGGUGUGGGAAUGAAGUUAACUGACGUUGGCAUAGCAACACUGGCAAAAGGGUACAAAGGAUUUAAAGGCAACUGUUCCAUGACCUUCAUCGAUCAGUUUAAAGCCCUACACCAGUGUAACAAGUAUUGUAAAAUGCUGGGCCUGACAUCACUUCAAAACAACAGCCAGAAACAGAAGAAGCCGGCCGUCACGAAAAGCAGAAUUCAGCCAAACUCCACAACCGCAAAGAAGGUGGUGCCCGGGAGCCCAGCGGGAAAGAAAACCUCGCACCCCCUGUGAACGAACGGCCACCAGCUCGCGGCACAUAGUCUCGUGGGCACACGUCUGAAAACGCUCGAGAGAGAGCACUUAGCCUGCAGAGCGCCGGUGACGGUCCCAUGUCCGACUGCCCGUGCCCCACGCUGCUCCCAAACUCAUCGCCUGCUGUCUUCCCUGAGAUGAUUUCGGAGCAGGAUUUGCGACCAGACGUGUGGAGAGGCGAAAUCGACGGUCACUCUCAAAGACAGCCCAGCUUUGUACCCACCGGCUUCACGUUCUGUGUCUCUUUGUGUGGGUGCACAUGGUUGUGUUGUCAGGGACUUGGUGCCCUGUCCACAGCCCCCCACCCGCCCCCAUUCCUAACCUUGGGAUUUCUAGACGCCUCCAGCUGCUGUAUCAACAGAAAACGUGAAUUCCUUCAUGGGGUCGAGUUGUCACGCUAGAGUGGAACGUCCUGUUGUGGCCAGAGGUGACUUCCAACAGAAGGGCCGUUUCCCUCAUUAGUCGCACAUCUGGCUAUAAUUCUCUGUGUCAUUAAAUUCACACUUACCCAGAAAGUAAGAGAUGCAGAGAUUAGCGCAGACCCUUGUUCUUUCGAAUUGGUGCCAUAUUUCACAUUCCCCCAGGAUUAGCAAUUUGGCCAUUUCCUAAUCAGUGUACCGGAGCACGAAGUAUUUGCAUCCCUGUUCUCUCCGCAUUCUUCCGUCAGUCUCUGUUCGAUAGUGACCCUGCGCUAUAAACCCCGCGGCUGACCCACGUCGGAUCACACCAGAAGGUGGUGUGGAGCCUCCUGGGAUCCCCAGCUCCCCGGGAGCCUGGCCCCUCCCCGCAUCCCACAGUCUCCUUUCCUGCCAGUUGGGGUCCUGCCCAGCUGUCGGGCAGAACGGCAGCGACCCGCAUCAGGCAGGAAGAAAUGACAUAGAGACCGCUCAGGGAUGGUUUUAUGCACCCCAAACUGAGAGAGAAAAUGUCUGCCUCCCCACUGGUUUGUUGUGGUGGUUGUUAAAGUGACAAUUUUUUAGAGCAGCUUUGGGCUUCCGGACAAAUGAGCGGCAAGUAUGGAGGGUUCCCAAACGCUCCCUCACCCCCUACUCCAUCGUUUACCCCUGUUACUAUCAUCAUGUGUCAGUGUGGACAUUCGUCGCACUUGAGGAGCAAAUGUUAUACAUCAUGAGUCAUUAAAGUCCGCAGCGUACAUUAGGGUUCACUCUUCGUACAUUCUCUGGGUUUUGACACACAUGUAACGACACAUAUCCACCAUCACGGUACCCUACAGCGUGGUUCCUCUGCCCUACCGGUCCCCAGCGCCCCACGCAUCCAUCCUUCCUUCCCCCGCCCCCGACUCCUGGUAGCCACUGGUCUCUCACCAUCCCCAUCGUUCUGCUUUUUCCAGAACGCCAUCUACAGUAGUUGGAUGCCCACAGUGUGCGGCCUUCUUAGGUGAUAGAUUUCAACUACUCCCUGACCGUACCGUUAGGUCACCUCUGAGCAGCGUCAUCGCUGCUUCUCAAAUUGCAAGUUCGCACGGAUCACCCGGGGCUCUUGUGAAAAUGCAGGUUCUCGUUCAGUAAAUGUGGGGACGGGGGCGAGGUUCUGCAUUUCUGGCACGCCCAGGGGCUCCCCGUCCAGCCGGGGACCACACUUGGAGAGAGCGUCACACCACAGAUAGAAGGGUCCUGAAAUGCCGAGGGGCCGGACCUCCUAGCAUUCAAACAACAACGCCCUGUAGGAGCACCAGCGGCCUCUCUGCAAGGAUUUGUGAAGUAGCUGUUUGGCCGCAAGGAAGAAACCCCUGGGCGGCACCGGCUCCAGGCCUUGGAGUACCUUGGUGGCUCCCCCCGCCUCUCUUGAGGCCCGUGGGCCUCAACAGAAGAUUUCUGGCUUCUUCUUCCGUGCACGGGCACGGGCUUUUGACAAAAAAGAGAACAUACACGGGAGUUUUGUUUUGAAAAAGCAUUAGAAGGAGAAAACACUUCAGUCAGUCACCUGUCCCUUCAGAAAACCCAUCUCUAGCCAUCCUUCCGAAGUGAUUCCCUGGCUACAGAUGAAAAUGCUCAUUUUACUAUCAGGCAGCCUGUGGCCUGCUUUCCCCAUACAGAUCCUACAGAGGUAUUUAGCACAGGAGUUCUAGAAGGUUCCACAAGAGCAAAGAGGCGCAGGGUGCCUUUUGAUCAGAAUGAGUGUAUGCAUACACACACACACAUACCCACCUGAGUGUGGGUGUGACCAGAGCCCUCUGAACAGACCACGGUACUUUCUUUAGUAAUAAUUUGUAAUUAUAAAAAUAAUAUCAACAUAAGUAAUAAAGAAAAAAAAAUAAAAAAUUCUAGAAAGGUACAGAAUGAAAAAUCAAAGUACCCUGUAACUGGCUUCCCCUCUGGCUGGCUUUGAAGUUGAAUUUGGAGAGACAGUCAAGGGGAAAGGAUCUCCUACUCCCAGACUUUGCAGGUGACAGCUCAUGGGGUGGCUCCCUCGGAUGGAGCUGUCCUGUCCUCCUUUCGUGGAUGCUUAGAUUUUUUUCCCCCAAAAAUGCCUUUAUUGUUUAUUGUAAUCAGAUUUCAUCUGUUUGAAAACAUUUGGAGGACCAGGGACAGAAGGGGAUCCAGGGCUCCCACGGACAGACUUUGUGGGGUGGCGUGGCCAUCUGUCCACCACCCAAACCCUGACCUUCUGUUCUAUGAUGAAAGGCUGUUUUCCUUGCACAAAUAAAGUGAGUGGGCGCUCUUAACACCAAGGAUACCAUUUUGGGGCCUCAGAAAUGCCCACAUUCACGGCCAUUGUUUUAGCUCAGUUUGCACACGUUGAAUUUCUCUUGAUUUUCCUAUUUACCUUCAGAAGUGUGCAGCGUUAGGUCUAUAAACACAACACUCAACCGAGGCACUGAGCCGGGACAGCCUAGGGGGGCCAGCUGGGGAUUUUGUACUCGAUGCCUGCGGGGUGGUCCUAUACAUUAAGUGUCUCAAGUUUCCUAAAGGGCUCAACAGUGGAGCUCUGCGACGGGCAGAUGACAAAAAUAAACGCGCGUCUCAUCAAAAUGAGAUUGUGUUUUCAACAGCAGGUCUAUCGCUAAGGAGAAUGGCAGAGAUGUGAUGCCUUCUUGCCACUGGGCAUCGUGUUCUGGAGGGGUCUGGUUUGGGAUGUGCAGAUGGCUGGCUUGUGUUAAUAUUUCAGGUUAUCUUACUGUUCCGGUGCCUCCCCAGCCACACUUCUGAUAAGCCCCCUAUUAGUGGAGGGUUUCAAUAGAUUCAUAGUUAAAAGAAUGCCAAAAGAAGCAACAGUCAUUUUCUAGUUGUAAAGUGCUCUCUUUCGUAAGUAUCCAUAGUGUUUUGUGUGUGUGCUGGGCAUGUGUUCGGCUGGAGGCACGUGGGAGGAGCCGGCCACAGCCCGGUCGGGCUCGGUCCUUUCAAGUAUGCUCUGUUCUGUUGACCUUGGGUGCAGAAGUGAACAAAUUGGCAUUUUCUCCCCCACUUAGAUCUGCAGAUGCCACUUGGGCUUAAAUAGAUUAAAAAAAUAUAUCAAAAAGACGCAAAACCUCUUCUGCCUCCCAGCCACAGGGUGUGUUUUCUGACUCUUUGCUGUAGCAGCGCUGAAAUCCUUCGAGAGCCUGCUUGCGCUAAAACUGUUUGGUUAAGAGCCUCCGGCAA